GCGGAGCGUGGCUGUGUUGUGGUCCAGUGCGGCGGCUCCGCUGUUGUAUUCCAAAGCAUGGCAGGCGACACAGAAACACCGAGGGGUCCAGGCGACACCAACGACGUCGUAGGGAAACCUUUUCUCAUCGGCGUUUCUGGAGGCACCGCCAGCGGAAAGUCUUCUGUGUGUGAGAAGAUCAUGGAGCUGCUGGGACAAAACAAGAUUGACCACCACCAGCGACAGGUUGCUAUCCUCAGCCAGGACAGUUUCUACAAAGUGCUCACUGCAGAGCAGAAGGCCAAAGCACUUAAAGGGCAGUACAACUUUGAUCAUCCAGAUGCCUUUGACAAUGAGCUCAUAAUGCAAACACUCAGACAGAUCCUCCAGGGGGAAACGGUCCAGAUUCCCGUUUAUGACUUUGUCACCCAUUCCAGGAAAGAAGAGUUUGUCACGGUUUACCCGGCCGAUGUGGUCCUGUUUGAAGGCAUCCUGACGUUCUAUUCACAGGAGAUCAGAGAUCUCUUCCAGAUGAAGCUGUUUGUGGACACGGACCCAGACACACGACUCUCACGUCGAGUCCUCAGAGACAUUAAUGAGCGUGGUCGUGACCUUGAGCAAGUGCUGACACAGUACAUCACUUUUGUGAAACCAGCCUUUGAAGAAUUUUGUUUACCUACGAAGAAGUAUGCCGACGUGAUUAUUCCACGAGGGGCACAUAACGUGGUUGCCAUCAACUUGAUAGUACAGCACAUCCAAGACAUUCUGAACGGCGGCCCGGGUAAGCGUCAAAAUGGAUGCGUGAAUGGCCACAGCACACCACAGAAACGCCGUUCAUCCGAGUCCAGCAGCCGCCCUCAUUGACCUCAUCCCACCUCUCUUCACAGGGCGGAGAGGGGUGGAGGUGUAGUGAUGUAAAUAAUGCCUGUUGGCAUCAAUAUAUUUCAGAAUCAAAAAUAGGAAGGAAAUGCAAAAAAAAUGCAAAAUUUAAAAAAAUUGCCUUUCAUGACUACUCUACUUAGUUUUCAUUGCAAUUGGAGAACUUGAGAUUUUGACUGAUGUCAGGAAGGUGAAAAGAUAAUUGGGAGUAAUUCUUUAUUGCUUGGAAAGAGACUGUGGGUUGAGAUGUACCCCAUGCACUUUUCCUCCCAGACUGCAUUUUGUUUGUGUGUCUCCUUAUGCUUUAUGGAUGUUAUGCAGAUAAGAGAGAAAACCUUAUUUUAUUUUUUGACUGAUAAAACUUGAACCCCUUCUAGUCGGAGAGUCCAGUAAACAUUAUGUCUGUUCUAAACGAGAGGAUCUGGAUUGAAAGAGGAAUUAAACAAACCAGGAUUGCAAUCUUGUGUCGACAAUCUUGGGAGUGUUUUCUGCUGUUUUCAGUGUUUGAUGUGUUAGAGAUCUGUUUAUUACACAUCAGUUCUAUAUGUAGUUUACUGUAGCAGUAUGAUUCCACACUAAAUGGUUCUGGUUGUUGAUCAGACCAACAAAGCCAAAUGUGGGAAGCUUCAGUGGUACUGCAUGAGUAUUAUUUCACCAACAUCAUCUUCUAACUUUAUACUGCCUGCUUCGGCUUUCUGGUGCAAUGCUUUCGAUCCCUGCAAAGAUGGCUCCGAUUUUGAUUUAUAAUGUUCUUCAAUACGACACACUUUCUAAAAUGUGUCGUACACGAGAACAAGAAGUCUUGCAUGUAUACUCAGGUUAAUACAAUUUUUGAUUAGAGAAAUGCUAAAUGUUUAAGGGUUUUCACUGCUACAGCAAUACAAAUUAAACGUGGCGUUAACCUCAAAGAUCCACCACAUUGCCUCAGGGAGGAUCUUGUAGGACAUUUUGGGCUUUCAUAUCCUAUGGUGCUUCACUGCCUGUGACACGACCAAAGUAUAAGUAAAAUAUGGUUCUAACUGUAAGAUGGGUGAUCUUUAGCGUGUUAGCUUAACAUUACAUUUCUAGCUUUCAUUCUGGUUAAGGUGAUUGCAAAAUAACACUGAUGUGUAUCAUAAACCUUACUGUCCAGACUUGAGUUGAGGUGUCAUUGUGUGGAAAUGUGUGUGCGUAGUCUAGCUUUGCAAAUUUUGCCCUGCAUUUGAAUAAUCGGUAUGUAUUUAGGAACCGAUUUCAGUGUUACUAUAGUAUGCACUAGAUGUCGAGAGUAAUCUGGACACAACUUGGACAUACUACACCACCACAUCUUACCUGUCCCUUAACUCAGAUGCUUACAAGUGUGGUGUAUGCAGACAUGCAUGUAUGAAGCAAAAAAUUCCUGAUGUAUAUUAAACAAUGCCAUGGCUCUAUAUCUACAGUUUUCCUGGAAACUACUUCUUUAGUUACCAGGCUUCAGCUGCCUCAUGGGAUGGCAUAGUGUAGCCGUUUGCAGCUAUGGAGGGAGUAGAUUAGUGGUUCUCAACCCGGUCCCCAGUCAUGUGUCGCCUAACUGACACAUUUUCUACUUCUUCCUGCUCUAACCAAUGUAGUAGAGUUUUCAGUACCGUUUGAUUGCUAGUAAAUGCCUGCUCAGUAUUCGAGUAUCCUACAGCAGUGUUUCCCAGUCCUGGUUGUCAGGGCCCCAAAAUACUGCAUUUUUUCCCCCAAUCUACUCAGACCAGAUGAGCUCAUCCAGGAGUGUUCACCCAGUCAGCAACUGGCUGAAUAAUGGCUCCCACCUCGUUAGGUUCAUUAAGUGCAGUUAGAGCAGGAGUAAAGGAAACCACACAAUACUUUGUCCCAAGAACCUGAGGUCCCAGGAUUAGGAACCAUUGCCCUAUGGAUUGUGACGUACGGCUUUUUGUUGACAACGUAGUAAGCUAGCUUGGGUCCCUUUGCUGGCACUACAACAUCAUGGGAUGUUGAGGCCUAGAAAGUCCUUUGAGAUCCUGCCAUUGCCUCAGCAAGGUUGCCUCAGGUUAAAAGUAUCCACACUAUAAACUGUAUUUCAUUGACAUUGGGUUAUACUUAAUUUUUCUGUUUUUGUUGCGUGAAGUAAAUGGAAUUAAGUAUUUGUCCUGUAUAGCUGUUACUUUGGAGCACAUGGAUGAUCAAGUGACAUUGCCACUUGUUGAUAAUCAAUAAAAUGAUGCAGCCAAGAAUCAUUA